AUGUCCACCCCGACCUUCCACGAGGCUGUGGAAGCGUCUUUCGACAACAUCGCUGUGCAAGCGGACGGCGCGGCAGAGACAGCUAUGCAGAAGCCUGGCGUUGAGGGCUUGCACGUGUUCCUGGAAGGGCGUCGCGCCGAUGGCGCGAGUAGCGGCGUAAGUGCCGAAGCGGUUACAGUGGAGUCGCUGAAGAAGGUUUUCGAGGGCAGGUGCUGGCCUCUCGACAUAUCGUUUACGAGGGCUGAUUUGACGACGCUGCUCGAAUCGUUGGGCGAUGCAGGUUCUGGCGGCGAGGAGUUGGCGGAGGACAUUUCCACGUUGGUGGGCGAUCUGCAUUCUCGAGCGGCGGCGAAAGAAUUCCCGCUCAUUCGCCCGAUAGAGUUGCGAGCGGACGACGAGCAGAAUGCCGCCGAGGAAGCCAUGAGUCUCGUCGAGAAGUUGGAUGCUGUGCAGAUUCAGAGCUACAUUGAUUAUCAUAAAGAGCAGUACUUCAAGAAUAGUCCUGGUGAUCCAGCGACGUCGAUUGACGAGGGGCAUGCUCAGUGGGCCCUCAAUUUUUAUUACAAGCACGUGCGUGAUUUUCUUGCCAAGCAAUCGCUUGAUGCCAGGACAUUUGCUCACCGGUUUGCCCAGUCAACGUUCGUCCCACUGAUCUCCCCGCAGUCGAUCGGCGACUGGGAGAAGAAGGUUUUCGCUCGAGAUGCCGCGUCGGCCAUGAGGCCUGAAUUGUUGGAGUCGCUGGACAAGAAUGAUCCGUCCUCGGAAGGGAAGGCGGCCGACGUGGUCAUGGUGGACAAGACGGGGCCCAUCAGCGCGUGCUUAUGGGGUGACGUCGCUGAAGAUAUCUGCAGCAUCUGGCGCGCUGCACAGGAGCGUCGCCAUCGGGGCGAGGUUGCUCCGUGCGUCGUGGACCUGUCUAAGGUUCGCAUCCAGGGGGCGGGGAAGAACAAUUGGAACGGGGAGUUGCUCACGCGAAUUCGUUCGUUGACGUCGAUCGAAGCUGUUGGCGGGGAGAUGGGCGCGACGGCGCAG